AUGACAGAAAAGGGUUUGCAGUAUGCUAAGCAAACUAAAUAUAAGAAAAUUAAGAGUUUAUAUAAACAAUUGUUGGAUGAUUUUGAUAAACUUUAUGCCAAAUCUCAUGUUGAAACUUUCACUUCUGAAGAGAUAGAGGAGAAUAGAUGUAGUCAUGGAAGCUGGUUGAAAUUCUACGAAACACUGUUAGAUCUCCGGAAAGACUUUGCAUCACUGUUGGAUGAAAUUGAACUUAGUCCUUUUAUUGAAGAAUGUGAAUCACAAGACUCUGUUUUGCUGACAUGUAAAUCAAAGUUAGAAGCAUUCUUUCUCAAACACAUCCGUGAACCAAGUGAAACAGAGAAAAAGAAUGUUAAAGAUUCACUGAAUGACAAAAGUGAAGAUGAACAGAAACCAGAAGUUAAACAAACUGAUAAGAAAGAUAUAAGUAGACAAGGUUCAGUCAGCCUGAAAAGUGCUUGUAUAUUUAAAGAAGAAUCAGCCUCCUCUAAAGGCAGUCAUUCAUCACUAACAAGUCGUGUUUCAUCAGCCCAUCUGAAAGAAAAACAAAAGCAAGUUGAAUUAGAGACAAAGAUGAAAGCAUUGAAAGAGAAACAGAAAAUAGACUUAGCAAAGAUGGAAUUGAAAAUGAAGGAAGAAGAGUUAGAACUGAAAACAGAAAUGGAGAUUUCUCAAGCAAAGUCUAAAGUGCUUCAAGAUUAUUUCUCUGACAGAGGUAGUGUGAAAUCAGAACGUUCACUACAACCGCACGAUCCAUAUGUCCCUGUUCCUGUGAAUGAAGAUGUAAAUGAACAUUUCAACACUGAACGUAAACGGUACUUACCUGAUAACAUAAACUUACCUCUUCAAGAAGACUUCAAUCAACACUUGUCUCCACAAACUACUGCAGCAAGCGAUGAGAAUCUUAUUCAGUGUGCUGUACAACAGCUCCGAAAGCCGCCUCCUGAAAUCAUGAAGUUCUCUGGGGAUCCUAUUGAAUAUCAAAGAUUCAAGCGUCAGUUCAAGGUGAAGAUUGUUGUCAACUCAGAAACAGAAGAUGAGAAGAUGUCAUAUCUAGAACAGUUCACAUUAGGUGAAGCGCUGAAAAUUGUCAAGGGAUAUAGUUACCUGGAGGCCAGUCAAGGGUAUCAAAAGGCAUGGCAGGAACUUGAUGAACGAUACGGCAAUGAAGACGCUAUUGCAUCUGCUCUCGUCAAGAAAGCAUUGGGAUGGCCUAAUGUAAAAGUAGACAACCCUAAAUCCAUGGAUGAAUAUGCCAUCUUCCUACAAGAAUGUGAGAAUGCAGUAAGCUCCAUCACAGCAGUAAAGAUCCUGGAGUAUCCUGACAACAUCAGAAGGCUCGUUAUGAAACUCCCUUUCCAUUGCCAUGAGAAGUGGAGGAAUAUUGUCAUAUCUAUCAGGGAUUCGGGAGGAACUGUAGCAUUCCAUAACCUGGUCAAGUUUGUGAAGAGAGAAGCAAGAAAAGCAACAGAUCCAAUGUAUGGAAAAGAUGCUCUGAGGAAUGAUGACAGAACAAAGACACAGCCAAAGAGAAACGCAGGAAUUGCUUCACAAUCAUCAUUCAAGCCUUCCUUCAGCACAGACAUGGUAGAGAAUACAACUCAGAACACCCAGUCAAGCAAACCUGAAGGUCAGCAGAUCUUGUGUAUAUACUGUAACAGCAAUUCUCAUAAGUUGCAGAUUUGUGAUCAGAUUGUUAAGAAGACUUUGAAGGAUAGACUGGCAUUUCUUCAGAAAAGGGGAUUGUGUUUUCGAUGUUUGUGUUAUGGUCACUUGAGCAAGUCCUGUGAGAAGACAGUAACCUGCUUCAGAUGUAACAGAAAUCAUCAGGGAAUCCUGCAUGUUGUGUAUGAAACUGAAAGAAAGCUGGUUGGUGCAUGUACCGAACAAGAUGGAACAUGUGAAGCUAUGGAGGCCGGGGCCAUGGAAUGUACUCUUGCUAUUAUUCCGGUGAAAGUGUCAUACAGUAACGGAGUCAAGGUUGAGUCAACAUAUGCCUUCCUUGAUCCAGGCAGUACUGUCUCAUUUUGUUCCGAAUCGCUUUUGAAGAAACUUGGAUGCAGUGGGAAAAGUAUGGAUAUUACUAUUGAUACAAUGGGGAAGCCCUACACCACUUCAGUGCAAGCAGUGAAUGGCUUACAAGUGCACGACCUUGACCUCAGGAACACGAUCGCACUACCUACCGUUUACUCCAAGGAACACAUACCAGUUUUGAAGAAACACAUACCUGUUUCAUCUGACGUUCAAAAAUGGCCUCACCUUAAUGAUAUAUAUCUGCCUGAGAUUGAUGCAAGUGUAGAUAUCCUCAUCGGGGGAAAUGUACCAGACUCCUAUGCACCACUAGAGAUUCGUACCGGUCCUGAUGGAAGUCCUCAUGCAACAAGAACCAAGCUUGGAUGGAUACUUUGGAAUGUCCUCAGACUUGCAAAAGAAAACAGAUUUCCAUCAAUGAGAACAGACAUAACAAUAAAAGCAAUGGAAGAUCUACAGAACAUUAAUACUAUGAUGAAAGACAGCAUGAACUAUGACUUUCCAGAGAAAGCAGCAGAAGAAAGAAAAGAAAUGUCACAAGAGGACAAAGAAUUUAUGAAGAUUGUGACAAACUCUAUUCAUAAAGAAGAUGGACACUAUGUUGUCAAUCUGCCCUUUCGAGACAAGGAUGUCAUCAUGCCUGACAACAGUGAACAAGCCUUACAGCGUUUGAGAGGACUCAAGAAGAAAUUUACAAUGAACCCUCAAAUACAUAAAGACUAUAAGAAGUUCAUGGAAGACAUCCUUAGCAAAGAAUAUGCUGAAAUUGUUCCUCAAGAUGAACUGAAAGGUAAACCAGGCAAAGUAUGGUUUAUCCCACACCACGGGGUGUACCAUCCACGCAAGCAAGGGAAAAUAAGAGUUGUCUUUGACUGUUCAGCAACAUUCCAAGGUGUUUCCCUAAAUAGUAGUUUGCUUCAAGGACCCAAUCUAUGCAACAGCCUCCUCGGUGUUCUAAUGAGAUAUAGACAGGAGAACAUUGCCUUCAUGGGUGAUAUCGAAUCCAUGUACUAUCGAGUCAGAGUGCCAAAAGAAGACAAUGACUUCCUUCGCUUCUACUGGUGGCCGGACGGAGAUUGUAGAAAAGAACCUAAAGUGUAUCGGAUGUUAGUCCAUAUCUUUGGAGCUGUAUCUUCUGCUUCAUGUGCAUCCUUUGCCUUACAACAAACAGCAAGGGACAGUCAGGAUAAGUUUGUCCCAGAAAUUAUAGAAAAGUUGACUGACAACGUCUAUGUAGAUGAUUGUCUGGCAUCCGAAUUGAAUGAAGAAAAGGCAGUAUCAACUGUAAAAGAACUUACCAGUUUGUGCAGUGAAGGCAGCUUCAGGCUUACCAAGUGGAUCUCCAACAGCUCUACAGUAAUGAAAUCAAUCCCACCUCAAGAAAGAGCAAAGGAUGUUAAAGACUUGAACUUGGACUGUGAAGACCUUCCAUCUGAAAGAGCGUUAGGUGUCUACUGGUUUGUGCAAUCAGACACCCUUGGAUUCAAGAUAAAGAGCAAGAUGAAACCAGACACUAAACGUGGCAUCCUGUCUGUGGUUAGCAGUGUGUAUGACCCUCUUGGACUCAUGGCUCCUUUCAUACUCAUUUCAAAACAGCUGCUCCAAAACCUACAUAAAGAACAGAAAGAUUGGGAUGAAGAUGUUGAUUCAAAGACACAGAAGAUAUGGCAUCAAUGGCUGAAAGAUCUUACCUUGUUAGAAGAUAUCCACAUUCCAAGAUGCUACAAGCCUAUGGAGUUUGGACUUGUAACAUCAUGUCAACUUCACCUUUUUGCAGACGCGAGCAAUGUAGGAUAUGGAGUCGUCGGUUACAUCAGAUUUGUGAAUGAAGAUGAGGAGAUCCAUUGUGCUCUGGUAAUGUCUAAAUCAAGGGUUGCUCCCUUAAAGAAAAUAACCAUACCACGCAUGGAACUCACUGCUGCUACUCUAGCUGUACGCAUGUCAUCCCUUAUUCUUCAAGAACUUCAGGUCAAAGUAGACACAACUUUCUUCUGGACGGACAGCAUGUCAGUGUUGAGAUGUAUCUUUAACACCAAUGCCAGGUUCAAAACCUUUGUAGCAAACCGGAUUGCUGUGAUAAGAGACUGUUCUGAUAUUGAUCAAUGGAGGUAUGUGUCAUCUAAAGAGAACCCAGCAGACUAUGCUUCAAGAGGCAUCAAGCUUGAUAAUGAGCACCAUAUUCAGCAUUGGACGGGAGGACCAAGAUUCCUAUGGCAGCACCACAAGUACUGGCCGAAGCAAUACAGCAACCAAGAACCUCAAGAAGAUGAUCUUGAACUUAAGGAAUUUGUUCAUGCAACCAUCAUGGAGAAGGAUAGCUUCCUAGACAUUCUAAUUAACCACUUCUCAAGUUGGACAAAGUUAAGAAGAGCAGUAGCAUGGAUCAUGUUAACUAUCAGAUGUUUGCGCCAGAGAGUCAACAAGUCUCAAUCCACCAAGAAAGUGAACUACACCAUGAAUGUUCAAGUCCUUGAAGAUGCAGAAAAGCUCCUAGUCCAACACUGUCAGACACAACAUAUCUCGAAAGAACAACGAUGUCUCAAGCAAUCUUCUGCAACAGUUGAUAAAUUAAGCCCUCUCUACAAGUUGGAUCCAUUUCUUCAAGAUGACGUCAUUCAUGUUGGAGGACGCCUCAAGAAUGCAGAGAUUUCCUUCAGCGAAAAGCACCCAAUCAUUCUUCCCAAGAAAUCUCGUGUAACACGCUUGAUCAUUGAAGAGACUCCUAAGAUUGUUGGACAUCUAGGAAAGAACUCCAUCUUGUCACAUCUCAGACAAUGGUACUGGGUGAUUGGAGCAGGCUCACUGGUGAAGACAAUAGUUUCAAAGUGUGUCACAUGUCGUAAAUAUCACUCCUCUCCAGGACAACAAAAGAUGUCUGAUCUCCCAGAUGAACGGAUAACUCCUGACCUACCACCUUUCACCAAUGUAGGUAUGGACUUCUUUGGUCCUUUCAAAGUGAUACGUGGACGUACCUCAGUAAAACGAUAUGGAGUUGUAUUCACUUGCAUGAAUCUUCGUGCUAUACAUCUGGAAGUGGCUGCCACCCUAGACACAGACUCCUGUAUCCAUGCCAUCAGAAGAUUUGUCGCACGACGUGGACCACCCAAGUUCAUCAAAUCUGACAAUGGUACUAACCUUGUCGGAUGUCAGCGAGAAUUAUGUGAAGCAUUAAAGAACUUAAAAGAAUCAAAGAUUCACUCUGCCUUCGUUGACAAAGGGAUUGAAUGGAGCUUCAAUCCACCUGCAGCCUCCCAUAAUGGUGGAUUCUGGGAGCGGAUGAUUAGGACUGUACGGAAAGUGCUUCAUUGUUUACUACAAGAGCAGAACAUUAAGCUGGAUGAUGAGGCGUUGAACACUUUGUUUUGCGAAGUGGAAUCUAUCAUCAAUGGACGUCCUAUCACUGAUCUGUCAUAUGAUGUGCAUGAUUUAUCUGUGCUCACUCCUAACCAUCUGUUAUACCUACGUUCUGGUGAAAAGAUGCCUCCCGGAACAUUCAAGAAAGAGGACAUCUAUAGCCGUCGAUGA